ACUUCAUGGCUAUCCUGGCCCACCUGCUCAGGCCGGUGCCAGCAGCUCGCAGAGCAUACUCAGUCUUCUCCAAGCCCGGCGGGGGGCGUUAUUUUAACUCGGCAAAGCCCCCAAAGGUCGCACCGACAUCGCAUAAGGGCACCGCCGACGUUUCCAGCACUAGCAACGAUGCCUCGCAGAAGGACCAGCAGCCGCCUGGCCCGUCGAUGACAACCGAGGGCCUCGCUUCCACUACCGUGCUACCUUCUCCGAUCUCCGCUGCACCCAUACACCCCUCGAUUAAUCCUCAUGACUUCAAGCUGCACCAGUUCUUCUCUCUGCAUCGCCCCCUUCUCCUCAUGUCACAGCCGCCAUCGUCGCUCUUCGAAUCUGUAUCUGUGCCUUUCACGUUACCUCCCAAGUCGGCCUCAGAGACGGCCAGGCUUGAUAGCCUUGAGGAACCUCCUGAAGCCUCCCCAGAAGAGGAUGCUGACGCAGCCCGGCAACUCGCGAGAGCACUGGUGGUGAACAGAGUCGGCGCGUCUCUCUCGUGGGAGAAGACACUGCAGCAGCUGGGCUUGGAUAUGACGAAGGGUAGAGCAGAGGAGGUGAAGAUGGCGGAGGAAGAGUUCCAGGUGUAUAUGGACAGCACCAAGAGGAAGCGCCGAAAGAAGAUGAAAAAGCAUAAGCUGAAGAAGCGAAGACGCCUCAACAGGGCUCAGCGCGUUAAGAUCGGUCAUUGA